AUGAUCCGUCGCGAAUAUCAUCCUUCUUCCAAAAUCGAUGCGCUCAUUUUGAAGAAAAAACUGAAAGAUGGAGUAAAAUCUGCGGAAGAAGAGGCGGAUCGAACGAAGUUUAUCGACCGAGUCGUGGGAGGGUUGGAGCGAGAUGAAGCACUUCACGAAUCGAACGGAGAUAUUACUACAGUGGAGCAACUCGAUGUGGAGGACCAUCCCGAGAGGAACAUCCCGGAUAUCCCAGAGAAUAAGCGCGUUCGAGACUUUUUACGCUCGAUGCCAUUGACUGGUCAUGGAGCUGCUUUUGGAAAAACCAUCUAUGUAGUUCAGUGUUAUCGUUGCAAAUGUUAUGGUCAUCGAGCAGGUGAUCCAGAGUGUAAAUAUACUGUGACUGGUGAUUUGAAUUUGGAGCUGCAAAGUCGAAUCCGAGAAGACCCAAUUCGCUCUUUCAAGCCUCUCCAAGAGCAACAGUGGAGCGAAUGA